UCUGAACGCUUAUUACGAGAAGUUAUUAUUAUGUUUUAUUUAGAUAAAGUGCUAAUGUUGUAAUCGUUAUAAAUUUAAUUUAACAGACAACGAUAAUUGAAGUAUGAAAUUAUAGAAAUUCGUUUUUAUUUCAUGGUUUUAUACAUCGCAAUAAAAUAAAAUAAUGUCUAGGGAUAUUCGUUCAUUUUUUAAAUCAAAAACAGUUGUGAAAGAUGAUGAUAGUGAUGUUAUACCGGAGUCACCGCAAAUGGAGAUCAAAAAGGAGAAGAAAUCAAGAAGAAAGAGAGCAAUUUCAGAUGAUUCCGAUGAAGAGCUUCAGCAGAAGAAAAUUCAAAAGAAAGGAACCAAAGAGGAUUUGAGUAAAAGAAAACAAAAGAAGGCUAGUCAUAACACAUUAAAAGAGGUUAAACCUAUUGAUCUAUUUGCCAAUACAUCGAUAAAACGAAGUGAACCAUUAGUUAAGAAAAAUAAAAAGACCGAAACUGGAAUUCAUUCAGAUGACGAGUUUGAAAAGAGUUUGAUGGAACUGGAUCAAAUUGAAGAAUCAGUAAUUACAAAGAAGGCAAAUAAUGACAAUAAAGAAACAAAUGAAACAGAAACAAUUGAAUUUAUAAAUAAAAAAGUUAAAGAUGAUGGAACAAAAACGAAAAAAAGCCCUGCAAAAAAAGAACAUAGUCUUAAACUGGAGAAAAGAAAUGAGAAAUCAAAGGAGACAAAGAAAGGUUUUGAAAAAGAUUCACACAGUAAUGAUAAACAUGUUUCUGAUGUUAAAAUGAAUAGUGUUGAACGAAAAGAGGCAGAUUUCAGUGAAUUCAUAGAAAAUAGUCAGAUAGAUGAAGUUCCUAACGGCAAAAAACGAAAAAUGAAUAAAAGUCUUAAUGAAUCUGUAUUAACAGAUGAAGAAAGACAUGAGAGGAAAAUCAUGUCUGCCGCACUCUACAAGAUUUAUUUAAAUAGAUCUGGGCCUAAACAUUUAGGUGAAAAAGAAAUUCCAAAGGGUACACCAGACUGUUUGAAAGAUUGUGCCUUUAUUCUAACUGGAGUACUGGAUUCGUUUGAAAAAGAAGAAAUUACAAAAGCAAUUAAUAGUUUUGGAGGAUGUGUUAAAAGUGCAGUAACAAAAAAGGUAACUCAUGUCCUUGCAGGCGAGGAUCCAGGGCCAGCAAAGCUGGCUAAAGCUGAAGAAUUGGGAAUCAAAAUAAUCAAUGAAGAUGACUUCUUACAAAUGAUUAUAGAUUUAUCUAACAAAAAUAAAAUUACAGUAAAGGAGGAACCCAAAAAAGAAAAAUCCAAGUCGCCUACAGAUAAAAAAGCAAAGCAUACUAAAAAAGAUGUGAAAGAAAUAAAAAUUAAAUCUAAAAGUGAAAUAAAGACAGAAACGAAAAUAGAAAAAAUGGAUACAAGUUAUAGUAUGAGUAAAAGUAAAUCUGAAGGAACAACGGAUCAAAAAGAAAAUUCUAAUAAAGAUAUAGAGAAACCAGAAACAAGCAGUACUGUUUUCAAAUCCGGAGCACAGACAGUGAACACCAUGUUGUGGGUCGACAAAUACAAACCAGAGAGUGUUAAACAAAUUAUAGGUCAACAUGGCCCUAAUAGUAAUGUUACAAAGUUAACAAAUUGGUUGACAAAAUGGUAUACCAAUAGAAAAGCUAAACUUCCAAAGCCAAAUCCAUGGGCUAAGAAUGAUGAUGGUGGAUAUUAUAAAGCUGCCUUACUGUCCGGACCUCCUGGUGUUGGUAAAACAACAACAGUGUCGUUGGUAUGCAAAGAAUUAGGCUUUGAUAUGGUGGAGUUCAAUGCAUCGGAUACAAGGAAUAAAACAUUAAUAAAGGAACAGAUCGGUGAAUUACUCACUACAACUACAUUAUCAGGAUAUGCCAGAGGUGAUACAAGUAAACAAGCCAUAUCAAAAAAACAUGUUUUAGUAAUGGAUGAAGUUGAUGGUAUGGCUGGUAAUGAAGACCGAGGUGGUCUACAGGAAUUAAUUGGUUUAAUAAAGUCAAGUUCAGUGCCGAUCAUCUGCAUGUGCAAUGAUAGAAAUAGCCAGAAGAUGCGUUCGCUGGUUAAUUAUUGCUAUGACCUGAGGUUCAACAGACCCACAGUCGCUCAGAUUAAGUCAGCGUUAUUGUCGACGUGUUACAAAGAGAAGGUCAAGAUAUCUGGCGAUGCGCUGUCGCAGUUGAUCGUGGCGUCCGGCCAGGAUGUCCGCCAGACUUUGCAUCUGCUCUCCAUAUGGGCUGCCGACUCCAACCUCGCUGACACUGAACGACUCAAGAAUGAUGCUAAAAACAUCAAGAAAGAUGUCAAAUUGGGUCCGUGGGAAGCUGUAAGGAAGGUGUUUUCAGAGUCUGAACAUAAGAAGAUGUCAAUCAAUGAGAGAUCUGAUCUGUUCUUCUACGACUACAGCCUCGCGCCGCUCUUUGUGCAAGAAAACUACUUACAAGUCACACCACACUGUCCCAAGGAGGCGGUGUUGGACCGUGUGAGCAUGGCCGCGGACAGCAUCAGCCUGGGCGACCUGGUGGAGGCGAGGAUACGAGGCAGUCAGGCUUGGAACUUGCUGCCUAUACAGGCGAUGUACAGCUCCGUGAUCCCGGGGCAGGCGAUGGCGGGGCACGUGGCGGCGCAGAUCCAGUUCCCCGGCUGGCUCGGGAAGAACUCGCGCGCCGGCAAGCUGCGCCGCCUCGCGCAGGAGAUACACGCGCACACCAGGCUCAGCACCUCCGGUUCCAAGUCUUCAAUAUUCCUGGACUACGCUAGUCACCUGCGCGAGGCGGUGGUGGGGCCGCUGCUGACGCAUAAGGCUGACGGCAUCCAGCAGUCCCUUGACAUCCUGGAGUCUUACCACCUUCUGAGGGAGGAUUUGGACUCACUCAUAGAACUGUCUCUGUGGCCCGGGCAACGGAAUCCUAUGAUAUUGAUUGAUUCUAAAGUGAAGGCAUCAAUGACCCGUCUCUACAACAAGCGAGCGGGCGCGCUGCCGUACGCGGCGGGCGGCGUGCGGCGCGCGCGCAACAAGGACGACGAACACGAGUUAGAGCAGGACGAGGAUAUCCCUGAUGUACAGGAAGAUAGCGACCCGGAGAACGACGCUAUGAUCAAGAAAAAGAAAGUCAAUACAGAUAAAGCAACACCUAAAGAUAAACCGAGCUCAAGUAAAGAAAAAAAGAAAAAGAAAUAAUUUUACUAACUACAAUGUACUACUUGAAUGCCAAUACCAAAUUCUUGUAUAUUCUCUGAUAACAGUCCAACAUGUAAAAUAUGUGAUGAAAAUAUCCGAUUUUGUGUCUAGUGCCGUAAUGUUUAAGCUAUCUGAGCCUCUAUCAGCCAGUGGUGGGACAUGCCCUAAAUGAUAUUAAAUUGCAUAAAAAUGUUUCCUACAAAUCCUUGCCCAAUGGUACAAAUACAGUAUUAAUGUUUUAAAACCUCACUAAUUACAGUUUUAACUGAACAGUCAAAAUGUACAGUUAAAACUGAUGUGUGUACGA